UCCCCGUCGCUGCGGCGGUCUCGCAACACCUUACCUCAAGGCAAUCCGAGUAAGCUGACUUUUUGGGCUUUGGUCUUCUCCAUCACAGCUUGACAUGCCGCACUCGCAAACUCAAAUGUACGGUAGUCUCCUCGUCGUGAUGCUCAGAAGAGGUUCCGGACUAAAUGCGCCCGUCUCGCUUUAGGUGACGAGCAGAAGCCCGAAUGUUCGCAAUGUCGCAAAGGUGGUAGAGAGUGUCGGCCCAGCGAAGGCAUCGUCUUCCGUCAUCAGCAAAAUGCCUCGAUGAACAAGAACUUGGACGACACUUCCGCUGGUCGUGGGAAUCUCAAGGGUUUCUACUCGUACAAGAAUACGUUCGACAAGGAUAGUGUCUGGUUGGAUAUUCCCAAACAUGUUAUCUUCGUCGACAACUCGGAUCCGUACGCCGACGAUCUUGAGGCCGCUCUAGGCGAGUCCGAAGCCGCUAUUCUGGCCGCUAAUUCGCAGACUCGACAUUGGAGCGCUCAACAUCCCUCGCCGUCCGACGGCGAAUCUCAUGGCCUCGAGACUCUGUCCACGGCGGCUGUUCACGAUCGUCUCUCGUAUCCUCCUUUCAGUGUUGAACAACAGCAGGCUUUGACGGCGACCGACGGCGGCUCAGCUUUCAACACAGUCUCAACCACCUCUAUCUCGUCGGGACCUUCUCCGAACCCGCCUCGCAGCGCGAUCCCCUCUCUCGCGUCUCCGCCAAUCUCGAUCACUUCCAGCAAUAAUAAUACUAAUAAUAACAUCAACUUCCUUCUGAACCCUUCUUCUCAGUCCCUCUCCCCGGAUACAUCUACGAUCCAACAUGGAUCUGAGCGUAGAGGUUCGUCGUUGACGUCCAGGUCCCUCGUGGCAAGAGGCAAACCGGUCGAACAGCGAUCAGACAUGCCGGUGGAAACAGAGCACGAGAUCGCCUUUCUAUUGAGAAAUUUCUCCGAAGCACCAGGACUCUGGAUGGAUUUGUUCGAUCUGGGGACAUAUUUCGCGUCUUAUAUCCCUGUCAAGGCCCUGACAAACCCGCUGCUCAAAUAUGCGGCGUGUGCAUAUUCCGCGAAACAGUUAGGCCGCGUCCGAAGCUUUGCUUCCUCUCGAGAUGCUGCUCCGCUUCAAGCUUCGAUGGAUUCGUGGCCCGACGAAAGUAAAGUAGACUGGGGUUGGUAUGGCGCCAAGUAUUACGAAAAGGCCAUCCAACUUUUGAUGAAGGAGCUUCAACCGGAUAAGGGACCGGCACCCUUGAGUACUCCCGAAGCCUUUGGGCAAUGGCAGGCCGCAGAACUGUGUGAAAACGGUAAUAAUCCUCGAAAGCGUCGAAGGCGUUACUCGGAGAGUCGGCUGUCCAACGGCGUCCACUCGGAUGACAUCCUAGCCGCCACGGCCAUUCUGUCUGUGUAUGAACUCCUGGACGCGACCGGCCCAGCCUGGAGUCGACAUCUGAGUGGUGUCAAGUCACUGCUGGAUGUUGCCGAAGUCGGAAUGAUGCCACUUGAACAGCGUCCAUCACCGGGAGAGACUCCUUUCCCACCCAAAAAACCUGGCUUGUCGAGGGCACGAAGGGCGACGUUUUGGAAUUUUGCUCGUCAGGAUUACUUGGCUGCUUUCAUAAAUGAGUGUCAGACGAGAUUGAACACCGAGGAUUUAGUGCUGUGGACUGAGGCGGGUCUCCAAAUCGAUAACAUGGGUUUUGUACGGCUCACCAACACCACUGCGGCUGGAUAUCCGGAGGGCGACGAGACCAUGCGGGAGGACCUUAUCGGAAAUGGUCUCAUUUGGAUACUGUCUAAAAUCGUCAACUAUAUUAGUGCCGGCGAUCAUUUGCAUUUGGAUAACGGCUCAGUUGACUCGGGCCCCCUGGCAAUCUCGCAACAGGUUCUGCUUGAGCGGUGGUACCGUCUCGAGACCGAGCUCGACGUGUGGUACAACGGGCUUCCAGACACUUUCCGACCUUGCGCCCGGCUUCAAUCUCGCGCGAAGGACAGCACCACCGGCAACGACCUUUCAUCUCUGUGCGAGAUCUGGUACAGCAUUCCGGUAUGCGCAUCUGCUAUGCAACACUACCACAUGGCUCGGAUUCUGCUUCUCAUCAACAAACCCCACGAGUCAACCAGUAGACGGAGCACCAUCACCGACAGGCUCAACUCCUACCGGUCGAUCGAGAACGAAAUCCGGUUUCACAGCCGCGAAAUUGUAGGCAUCUCGAUGGGCCGUCCGACUGGCGCUGUCCGUAUCAACUCUCUCCAGCCACUGUUUGUCAGCGGCCAGUGUCUCACCGAGCCUGCCGAACGACGGACGGCGUUGCAAUUGCUGCGCGGCAUCGAGACGGACCUUGGCUGGGCGACUGAAUACCGCGUCAACCAACUCCUCCGAGAGUGGGGUUGGAAUGAAGACACCGGAGAUGUUGGAGGUCCAUGAUAGCAUGGUUCUGUUCCGGAACCCUUACCUACCUCCGUCGACUCGAUUCGAGUCAGCUUUUUGUCCUCGUUUUCCCCAUUGGGCCUCAUUUUGAGGACACCCCACACCUGUGGUGGUCGGCGAGAACGAAGUCAGGCAGGUCUCUUCCAUGAUAUGUAGGGAUCCCACCGCACUCCCUCCGACGGUCUCCGAGCGGGGAAACAUGUCCAUGAUGGAAGGUCAUUCCACCAGAUUGACUGCGUCCGACCAGUCGAGUCAGGCUCCCCAGCGACAUCCACCCGCCAGCCGGGCUGUCGGAGGAGUCGCCG